UCUAUCGGCAAAUGUAUUUUUUCUUUUAAAAGGUUCACGAUCGCUAAGAAACAAAGCACGAAUGCCACCCCUCCAGGGCAUGGCAAGGAUGGAGAAGAAAGCCGGGACGCGGCCGGCGGUGCCUGGCCUGCAGACGGCCCCGGGAGGCGGCCGAGGCUCGCUGCCCGCGCAGGGUGGGGCUGGCCCGGCCCCCGGGUGAGGCAAGAGCGGCGGGGCUGCAGCGGGACCUCCUCCCUCUUCGCUCCUGCCUCUCUCUGUGCCUCGCUCGGUGCUGCCGGUGGCUCAGGGCAGCGCGGCGGGAGACUAGGACUCGGCCCCACCCGGAGGAUCCCAGAGAUGGCGAAGUACACGAGAGGCACCGUGACAGCAUUCACUCCUUUUGAUGCCAGAGCUGAUGCAGAAGCCCUUCGUAAGGCCAUGAAGGGAUUGGGGACUGAUGAAGAAACCGUGCUGACGAUCCUCACCACCAGAAACAAUGCUCAGCGUCAAGAAAUAGCUUCUGCCUUUAAAACCUUAUUUGGCAGGGAUCUUGUGGAUGACCUGAAAUCAGAACUUACUGGCAAGUUUGAAACCUUGAUGGUGUCUCUGAUGAGACCAGCGUAUAUUUUUGAUGCUCAUGCGCUGAAGCAUGCCAUCAAGGGAGCAGGAACCAAUGAGAAAGUGUUGACUGAAAUUCUUGCCUCCAGAACACCUGCAGAAGUGCAGAAUAUUAAGCAGGUUUAUCAGCAAGAGUAUGAAGCUGACCUGGAGGAUAAGAUCAUAGGAGAAACAUCAGGCCAUUUCCAGAGGCUGCUGGUGGUGCUGCUGCAGGCAAACAGAGAUCCUGAUGCUGGAGUUGAUGAGGCUCUUGUUGAGCAGGAUGCUCAGGUUUUGUUCAGAGCUGGGGAGCUUAAGUGGGGAACAGAUGAAGAAAAGUUCAUCACUAUCUUGGGAACCCGCAGCAUUUCUCACUUAAGGAGGGUGUUUGACAAGUACAUGACCAUUUCCGGUUUUCAGAUUGAAGAGACCAUUGACCGGGAGACCUCUGGUGAUUUGGAGAAGCUGCUUCUGGCAGUGGUGAAAUGCAUCCGAAGCGUGCCUGCCUAUUUUGCUGAGACCCUGUAUUAUUCCAUGAAGGGGGCUGGCACUGAUGAUGACACCCUGAUCAGAGUCAUGGUUUCAAGAAGUGAAGUUGAUCUGCUGGAUAUUAGACAAGAAUUCAGAAAGAAUUUCGCGAAAUCAUUGUAUCAAAUGAUUCAGAAAGACACAUCUGGGGACUACAGGAAGGCGCUGCUGCUCCUCUGUGGCGGAGACGACGACUGACGGGCAGAGGACACGAGGCUCUCCUUGUACUCCAGCUUUGCAGCCUUCACUAGCAUGUCUGCCUGAGGUUUUGUAUCUUAAUGCUUUGUGGCUGCUUGAAUUUAUGCUAGGAUUGCACUUAGUAAAAAGGAGCUCAUUGUUAACCCUCCUCUUCCCCAAGUCCCAGCUUCCAGGAAUUUCAAGUGCCUUCUGUGAUCUGCGAGAGUCACCUUCAUGGAAGGUGGAUGCUGAGCACAGAACCCAGUUCUUUACAGGUGUUUUGCUGAAAUAGGAAAAAAUAAUCAUGUAUUUCACAAUAAAUUCAAGAUUAUCCUUUUUUGCUUUUUAUUCCUUUCAUUUCCACUGAGUAUUAAGCUAGUUCUAACAUGGCAAGCAAGGAAAUCCUUUGUAUGUAAUAUUGGAAUGAAUUUGCUGAACAUAUUACAAGCAGUCAUUGGAAAUCUAAAGGACCAAUAAAUUUUUCCCCUCUCA